AUUCUACCUAUUUUCCCCAACACUGUGUCCUUGGUAGUUGAUACAUUCUUUAUUGUCUGCUACCACGUGACUUGGAAGUCAUUUAAUUUUUCGCUCGUUACAAUUGGGCAAUAAUAUGUUCACAUCUAUUUGACUGAAAGGCCGUGUCGAGAUGUCUCAUAAUAAGCCAGACAGAAGACCUCUGGGGGCUCCUGGCAGUUCAUCCACGGGGGUCUCCCUUGACAUUCAACCGCAAGCAUCCAAGAAGGAAAACGAUCCCCAUACCGCCAUUUACAAGAGUGGGUUUUCCACAAGUCAACAUCAACCCCAACUGGAGUAUACUUCAUUGGAUACAUGCUCGCACAAAGUCAAACCCAGCCGAAAGAAGAGGAGAUUCGCAUCCCGUCAGCAAUUCCAGUCAGAUCAUGACCAAAGUGAUUUACAACGCGGCAGUCAGACAACCUCGGAUAGCCCCGAGACUGUAUAUUACGGGGCUUCACAUACGACACCGGUCCCGGACAAACUUGUGUCUGAUGCUGGUGAUAAAGUCAUUAAUCGCGAAGGACCCGAAGGUCGCCGUUUCCCGCACAUACCCGCUACUGAAAUGAAAGGGCCAGAGCCUAUAUGCGCUUCACAUACAUCCGAAUUGCAAAGACAAUUAAUCCCCAAGGGUAACGCCCAAGACCAUAUUUCGGCGGGUGAAGUCAAGGAAAAGUUGCAAAAAUCAUUGGCGGGCGCUGGGCAUAGUAGGGGAACUGUCUCCAAUCGGAAGAGAUUAGUUGACUUGCUAGGUGCAACAGUGCCUUCGAAGAAAACUAGGUUGACCGACUCCGCUUCGAUUUCAGCUGAAUCCAAAAGUUCCUACAACCCGGGAACCGCCCCAGAAACUUUGUGCGCAAAAUCGAGCGAAAACGCAGAUGAUCUAGGGAACAUCGAUGCGGGAAAUGCCCGUGAAUCAGCCACUCCGAUGUUAUCUAGAUUACGGGGCUCUAGGGUCACUUAUGCCCGCCAACGGUCUUUUCUGGGGGAUCAGCUGAAAAUGGCGGCUGCAGAACACGGCGAUGCUUCAGUUCCCUCUCCAGAUCCCAGCGAAGCAAGACAGGCGCUUAUCACCGACCGGAAUGCCCCUCGGACUUCAAACACCGAUGACGAUGAAAUUGACUCUAGGCCUGUCCGCAGCAUCCAUGAGCUCAGGCAGGCUGGAGAUAAUGCUCGUUUCAGGGAGUCGGUUGAAUCGAUUUUUGAAGACAUUGAAGACUCAAAUAACUCGCUCUCUGGGAAAUGUAGUAGCUUCACACAGCUAUGUGCAAAGCUUCUUGAACCUGCUUUUGUGCAUCGUUUUUCGGAGUAUGGAUUCAGUGAACGGCUUGUUAAGUGCACAACAGACAAUCACGACGUCCUCACAACGUUUUUGAUAUUAUGUGCAUAUAGAUUGACCUGCCUCAAUGGCGCCUCCUCACAUACAUGUUUGAGAUAUUUCUGGACCAGAGUCCUGCAAAUUUCUCACAGGCUUCUUAGUAUGAACGAUGAUAUCUUGACUUUGGCUGCUAGGCGAAGCAUUGGCCUGUCCAAGGCUGUGCAAGGAUCCUUGAAGAAGCUUCUCCCCCAGAUUUCCUCUUUGAUUUUCGAACAGGACCCACCACUGAGGCUUUCUCCAUGCUUGGUGACCCUCUCUUGCAUCCAGUUCUGCCUUACUACAUUUCUUGAAAAGGGUGACGAAAUUGGACCAUUGCCAGCUACAAUAAUAAAUCAAAUCGUCAAGUUGCUGAUUUUGCAACACGAGUACCCAAGCUCCCUGUUGGUCUCAGAGAGCUUUCAAUCAAUGGAAUUGUCCUUCUUGAUUCUGGAAACUCACUCGAUGCUACCAGGAACACUGCGCUAUGAUUAUCACAGCUCUUUCCAGCUACUUUUUGAACACCACCAUAAAUUCCUCCAAUCUGGGCAGUGUGAUCGGGAUAGGCAGAUCUCAAUUUUCUAUACCAGAGUGGUCCUCAAUCUUACCAACAAUGAAGCCUUACUCUGCGGAAAGUUCGCUACCCCUGAUAUGGUCUCCGACUUUGUCAAACUUGCCACCGCGAGUUUGCCCGACGCACCUAAUAAUAGAAACGGGGAGGACAACAAUUCAUUUAAUGCUGCGAUACUGGCUCUGGGCGUCCUUAUUAACCUAUCAGAACAGAGCGAGGUUUCUCGAGCUGCCUUUCUCAGGCCGGUAUCAUUGCUUCAAUUGCUUAUACAGUAUUUUUCCGCAGGUCUUGUGUUUGUUGACCAGGCGCGCUCUGUUUCCGAAGUGCAUUAUAACGUUGUAAUUGGGUAUCUGUCGAUCCUCUUGGUUAUUCUUUGUCUCGAUGGGGAUGCGUUCACGCUGAUAAGAGAGUCCAAUUGUGGUGAAGGACUUGGUUUAGUCUUAUCGACGGCUGAAGAAUUCUUACAAUUCCACGAGAAGGUUGAGCGAGACUCAAAACUUUUCGAGACUUGGAGAGAAGGAGGAAGUAGAUCUACCACGCACCUGAAGGAUAUCCUUAGUCAAAUACGCCGGAAUGCAUCCCUGUAG